AUGAUUUUUUUGGUGAUUCAUGAAAAAACAACAAAUAAAUUGUGCUUCAUUUUCAUAUAUUCAGAUUAGUUUCACUAUAGUAGAUGGAUGGCGGGCUUUCAUUGACAACGAUUUAUCUGAUUUUUUUUGGUUCAUUUUGAAAUAUCGAUAUAUCUAGAAUCAUGUUUUAUCAUCGUGUAAUACCGCUUAUGUGUGCUUUGAUAUGUUUAAUAAUCCUAUUCUCAAAUAAUGAUUCGUUAUUUGUAAAUGGUCGUCGUAAUGGUGCACCAAUUGAAUCAUGUAUAACGUUGAAACCAAGACAUGGAAACAAUAUUCAAUCGCAGCCAAAAUCAACGAAUCCAUUUCUAUUCAAUGUUACCCUUUAUCCAUAUAUGAAUGAAGAAGAAUUCAUUCAUGUGGAAAUUCAUUCCCAUAAUGAUCAUCAAGUAUUUCGUGGUUUUAUUGUUCAAGCACGUAUGGCUAAUAAUCCAGAAAUGAUUGCCGACGGUACAUUCGUACCAAUAGAUUCAAAUCAAACACGUUCAUUUACUUGUAAUGAAAAUAAUAUGGAAGGAAAUAAUACAUGGACACAUUCGAAUAGUAGUCCAAAAAAACGUGUAUCUGCAUUUUGGUUUCCAGCUGAUUCAACAAUGAACAAUGAAAUUUUAUUUCUAUCUACUGUCGCUAUUGAUGCAAAACAUUUUUGGCUUCAUAUUGAUUCGGAUAAAAUUCCAUUAGGCAUAACUGUUGGUGGUGCUGCUACUGAAGGCGAGGAAGAUAAUGAAGGAGAAAGCGGUGAUGAUGGUGGUGUUGAAGGUGUCGAAAAUGGAGAUGAUAACGGUAGUGAUAGUGGUGGUGGUGGUGGUAAUGGCAAUGAAAAUCCGUCGGAAGAUCAAGGAAAUGAAAAUUCAUCAGAUGUAGAAGAACCACAACAUGAACCAUCGAAUAAUGUGGAAAGCAUCGUUUCAUCAGCAUUUACAAUCAAUUAUCCAAUUAUUAGUUAUUCAACCAUUUUGGUUUUAAUUAUUUCAUUAAUGUUUUAUCGUGUAUUAAUCUUUUAA